AUGUCCAGAUCUAGAAAACGCACGGCUGCCGAUCGAGGAAAAGCCCCUGCUAGAAAUCAAAAUGAUGCACCCGACAUUCCAACAUUUCAGGAUGCCAAGGCGGCCAAAAAUUACAUGAAGAGCUUGCCUAGAAACGUUUCCUCCACCAAAUUUAUGUGCAAACCCACACUCAUCUCAUUAGGCGUUCUUGAAGGGUUCACCCAAUUGUUUCGUAACAUCGGGAGGGAAACCCUUCUCAAUCUCAUGGCACACACACAUGAGCUUCCUACUAGAGAGUUUCUUGCCGAUUGCGGUUUAGAUAAAGAAAAGAAAAAAAGCCGCAUUCCAACUUCUGGGGGACCGAAGGUAUAUUGGUUUUGCAACAAUAAACGACAUAUUGGGCUGGCCUUCGUCGAACACAUCCACGGUUUUUGA